CUCUGUCCUAGAUGUGAAAGGUCAAUACCGGAAGGACAGUCGUGAGCACUACAUUCAAGAUGGCGGCUCCCUUGUGUCGAUGUUAUCAGUUAUGUGUACGAAGACGCCUAGCAGCAUUCCCGUACUCCAGCCUACCUCAUCACAACAGACGCGAUGUGUUUAGGAUACAGGUGGAUCCUAAAAGCUCCUUGCAGGAAUCAAAAUCUGCACUGUUGCAUAUAAGAUGCUUGUCAGCUGAUCGUGGAGGUGGUAGAAAAGGAUUCCUUGGGGAACUUCUGGACAAUAUAAAACAGGAAUUAAACAAAAACAAAGAAAUGAAAGAAAAUAUUAAGAAAUUUCGUGAAGAGGCAAAAAAACUAGAAGAGUCUGAUGCACUCAAACAAGCCAGAAGAAAAUAUAAAACAAUUGAGUCUGAGACUGUAAAAACAUCUGAAGUAAUAAAGAAGAAAUUAGAAAAUCUUACUGGAACCGUCAAAGAGGGUCUUGAAGAGGUCAGUCGAACAGAAAUUGGGAAAAAAAUAAAGGAAGGAGUGGAGGAAGCUGCCAAAACGGCAAAGACCUCAGCAGAAACAGUCUCCAAAAGUGGGGAAAAGUUGGGAAAGACCAGUGCUUUCAAGGCAAUAUCACAGAGUGUGGAAAGCAUGAAAAAAGAGAUUGGUGAUUUGGGCCACACCAGUCCAUAUCGACCACCCCCAAGACUCAGGAAAAGGACAGAGUUUUCAUAUAAAGCAGCAGGGGAGGACGAAAAGGUCUUCGAAGCCAAUGAGGAGGCUAUGGGCGUUGUGCUUCACAAGGACUCAAAAUGGUACCAGCAGUGGAAGGACUUCAAAGACAACAAUGCGGUGUUCAAUCGGUUCUUUGAGAUGAAAAUGAAAUAUGAUGAGAGUGACAAUGCUUUAAUCCGGGCCUCACGUGCCGUUACUGAUAAAAUGACUGAUCUAAUUGGUGGUUUGUUCUCCAAGACUGAAAUGUCAGAGGUAUUGACAGAGAUUUUGAAGGUGGACCCAAACUUUGAUAAAGAUACAUUUCUCAAACAAUGUGAACGUGACAUUAUUCCCAAUAUACUUGAGGCUAUGAUCAGAGGGGAGCUGGAGAUUUUAAAGGACUGGUGUUAUGAAGCAACUUACAGCCAGCUUGCCCACCCAAUUCAACAGGCCAGAGCUAUGGGACUUCAGUUUCACUCCAAGAUUCUAGACAUAGAUAAUAUUGAUUUGGCCAUGGGGAAGAUGAUGGACCACGGCCCAGUGUUGAUCAUCACCUUCCAGGCUCAGUUAGUGAUGGUGAUUCGAAACACUAAAGGAGAUGUAGUAGAGGGGGACCCAGACAAAGUGCUCCGGAUGAUGUAUGUUUGGGCCUUGUGUCGUGACCAGGAGGAGCUAAACCCAUAUGCUGCUUGGCGACUACUUGACAUUUCUGCCUCAAGCACAGAACAGAUUCUGUAGGAGUCUUAAAGCUGCACAACAUUCAUUCACCCAGGGACGCACUAAGGUGUGCUUAAACAGGUGUGGAGGCAGAACACUGUGCUUAUUACAAACUGGGAUAUGGAUUGAUAUGUCACUGCAGUAGAACUAUGGUUGUUCCCUAGGUGCCAAGUGUUUUUGAUUGUCCUUUGACACCACAUCAUGUCUAACACUAGGGGGCAAUACAACAUCAAAUAUCCCCCUCUGUUUAGUGCCUGAAAAGAUAUGCUAUGAUUAAUAGCUUUAUUGCACUACAUCCCUUUUGCAAAUGAGGUGCGACAAUAUAAAAUAGCAGUAUUAGAGAAAAAUUAUUUGAAAAGUGUAAACAUGUACUCAUAGCAUCGGGUAGGCUGUGGGAUAUUGCAAUCGCCCAGUGCUCUUGAUGAUUCCUGCUUUUGGAUGGGUUAUACAAAAAAAUACUGCAACAUUUAUAAAGGUUAAAUAAAGAUGGGCAUAGUUUUUGCUGAAUAAUGUUUCAAUAAAUGUUUUUGGAUUAUA